AUGUCCGAUGUCAAAGUCGAGAUCGACCGCACGGCCACCGACGGAACAUUUACCAACCACGACAUAAUCCGAGGGUCGAUCCACUUGGUUGUGACGAAGGCCAUCACCCUCAACUGGAUCCAGGCCAAGAUCGAAGGAAUUUCAACUACCCAACUUGCCAUUCCGCGGGAAAACCCACGCAAAGACCGCGAGCGCAAGGACAAGAUCAUCCGAGAUCAGCACAAGGUGUUGUACGACACCCAGAUUGUGUUUCCGCCAGACAAUGUGCGGCAAGUGAGCAACGCCAAGGACUUUACACUAGCCCCGGGCAACUAUUCGUACCCUUUUGAGUUCAAGAUCCCCUUGAACAACUCCUGCGUCAAGAUGAGUGGCAUCACCAACAAGGUGCAGAUGAAUAUCAAGUCUUUUGACGUUAUGAUCAACAAUGGCAAUCUCAGCACUACCUAUUUGCAAAAUAAGGCACACCAGUUCCUCAGCGACUACGCUAGUAGUGGUGGUGGUAACGGGGGCAAGGGGAAUAGGCCACCGCUGCCUCCACAGCUCCAUUACCACAUUACGUCUCAACUACCUCCCAGUUUAUCCGGUAUAGGCGAGUUUGCCAAUAUCAAAUACUUUAUCAAGGUUACAUGCAAACGGUCCUCGAUCUUCAAGACAAAUCUACGAGCCCACGAUCCGUUUAUUUUCCUACCUUUGGACUUGGAUGCCCUGGGCAGGCCCUUGUUGGGACCCGGGGAUCCGCAAUACGAGGUGGACUACAAGGAGGCCUUUGUGAGAAAAGAGGUGGUUUUCAGAAACAGAAUUCCGGAGAUUGUUGCAUUUAGAGUCCCUAGUCCCGCGAAGAAGAAAAAAUCGCCGGAAAAGGUCUUGCCCAAGGUUCCCUACAUUGCUCCCAAGAGGCAAGGCUUUUUAUCUCGCUUGUUUAGUGCCGAGACUUCCCCUAGUGCAUCCUCGUCAUCGUCGUUGUCGUCGAGUCCUGCUUGGGAAAAGAGUAACGGCGAGUAUCGCGGGAGAAACUCGGUGCCGGAGAUCCAUUGUAAAGAUGUGCCGUUUUCAUUUGAAAUUCGAUUCAGACACCCGGCGUUUUUAAUUCCUACCAAACCACCUUCUUUUAAAUUGUUUUUUAUAUCGACCUUGAACCCGUUGAGGUACACUUUGAACGCCUACGGCAGACCCGAAGAGUCAAACGGGUUGGGCGUUGUAUAUCUUCAAAAAUUGACCAUCACGUUGACUUCGACAACCACGGUGUCGGUUGUGGAAAACGAUGGUGCCUCACAUGAGUACCACAUGGGCCAGCACGAGGAAGUAAUGACGCUUUGCAACAAUACCUAUCAGAACUUGAAAUUCGACUUGAUGCACAGUCAGAUCAACAGAAACGCCACCUCCGUGGCAACAAACAUCGAUGCCUCGGGCUCGCUCUACGAGAUUGAGAUUCCGAGAAAGUACUACGACAAUUGUGUCAUCCCCGACCACAUCUCGCCCACUUUCAAAACGUGCAACAUUACGAGAAAAUACAAUCUCACCGCCAAGGCGGGUUUUUCAUGCGAGAGAAUCGACGAUUUCAGAAACCGCAAGGAGAUGGCGAACAAGGUCAAGUUUGUGGAGUUGCAGUGCGCCAACAUCAAAGUCUUGAGCGGGUUGAACAUGACGAGCGCGUUGCAAUCCAACGCCCUGAGGUCAUCGGUGCCGCGUCUUUCAAGUGCCUCGCAGGGCUCAUUUGCAAAAUUGCCCACGCCGCCCCCGUCUGUCCCGUUCAAUAACCGCGAGAGACAAUAUUCGCACAAUUCAAUCAGCCCCGCGUUGCAGCAGGGAACAACCACUCCCGUUUCGAACGGACACGGUUCUGGUAACGGUGGCAAUAGCAGCAUGGAGAAAUUCGAAGUGACGGGCGACGACAAUGCCGGGACGAACCAAGGGCAAAUGUUGCCCACCUAUGACGACGUAGUGUUGGAAAGCUCGUAUCAGGAUGACAGCGAGCAUCAGCGAGCUAGACGAAGGUACCAGCAGCAUGAGCAGUAUUACUAUAAUUUAGAUUAA